AUGACAAUGGCGGUUCCUGUGUGUGUGUUUAUGAUUUUGUUUGUUCUUCAAUGGUGUAAUGCACAGUUUGGAAGUUUAGGUCUAAGUGUUGGUAUGGGAGGAGUUAAAAGCGGCGAAGAAACUUUAAGUAUAAGAAGUCCAUGCCCACAAAACACAACAUGUAUGCCUGUCAGUGCUUGUCCUAUGUUGGAGGACCUAAUGGACUUUUCGUGUUUCUCUUCAGACAGAUAUUUCCACCGGCUCAACCAAUUAAUAUGUGGCAAUGCGGAUGACGAAGACUACGUAUGCUGUCCUUCUUGUGACUGCGGCAAGGUCUACCAGGAAGGCAUGGAGAAAUGUGGACAGAGUAUGGUGCGAGGAGUCGACUAUAAUGGAUUGGGAAGUCAACCGUGGACUGCUAGAAUUGGAUUUACUCACAAGGAGACUGGUAAUGUGAGAUUCGCGUGCAGCGGUUCCAUUAUUGGCAAACGGGUUAUAUUGACUGCUGCCCAUUGCGCUUUGGCCAAGCCAGAGGGGUAUAAACUAUCAACUGUAGUGGUUGGUGAAUGGGAUAUCGGUCGAAGUCCUGAUUGUAACGAUUAUUUCUGCGCUCCUCCUACUCAAGCCAUCAAAGUGGAGAAUGUGAUCGUCCACCCAGGGUACGAACAGAAGAUAUUCAGACAUGAUAUUGCAUUGAUCAUGCUUAAAGAAGAAAUUAAAUAUUCAGUGACAGCCGCGCCGAUCUGUUUGAAUGAUAAGCCGGAAAUAGUAAUUAAUGAACGAGCUUCGCUUGUCGGAUGGGGAAAACUGUCAGGACAGAAUAACGUGGUGAGCAGACAACAGCAGCUUGAAGUUCCUCUGGUACCUUUAGAAAACUGUGAGCGUAUAUUUGGAGAAUCAGUUCCAGUUAACGAAGGUCAGCUCUGUGCUGGAGGUGAGGCGGGAAAAGAUGCUUGUUCAGGUUUUGGUGGAGCUCCUCUACUUCUGUUCAGACAAGGGCGUCAUGUGCAGGUUGGCAUCGUGUCCUUCGGUUCAGAGAACUGUGGAAGUGAAGGCGUUCCCAGUGUGUACACGAACAUUGCUCACUAUUACCGAUGGAUCGUGGACAACUCACCAUCAUAA